GGACCCCGGCUCGAGACCAUAUGAGCGAGAGGGAGAGAGAAGACUCGGAGACCGGAGACUCCGGAAGAAAGGGAGGAGAUUAUCAAAAAAAAAAAAAAACACAGAGAGAGAGAGAGAGAGAGAGAGAGAGGAGAUUCGGAGACUCUCCAAAUAAAUCGCCUCCUGUGGACGCUAUUCUGAGUCGGUGAGGGAGAUCGAUCUGAGAGAGGGGCUUUGGAUCCUGAGAUGUCUCUCGCCGGAGACGCUGGUCUCGAGAAGAAUCGGGCGGCGACGACGGUGGUGCUGAUCGGAGAAGAGAAGGAUACCUUCAUCGUCUGGGAGAAGGAGAGAUAGCCCAAUAGCGAGAAAGACUCCUCUAUUCGAAUCGUCGGCGUUUAGGACACUAAAUAGCCGUCCCGUCGGUGCCCGUAUCCGUUUACCGGAAGAAUCGGGGCGGAUAUAGAUAGGCUAUUUGAUAGGGAUUGGUUCUGAUUUGGGGCUUUGUUAGGUUUCCUUCGGAUUCGAGGAAAUGUCUGCGAGGGUGCGGAGCGGCGGCGACGUGGUGGCGAUCACGGCGGCGUCCGAGGGCAAGGGCGAGGGGCAGAUCGAGGUGGAGUUGGCCAAGUGCGAGUGCUGCGGGCUGACGGAGGAGUGCACGCCGGCGUACAUCGCGCGGGUGCGCGAGCGGUACAGCGGGCGGUGGGUCUGCGGCCUCUGCGGCGAGGCAGUCAAGGAAGAGAUCGGCCGCGCCGGGCGGCGGAUCUCCACGGAGGAGGCGCUCCACCGCCACAUGAGCUUCUCACGGGACUUCCGCUCGGCGUCGCCGCCAUCCAACCCGGCGGAGGACCUCAUCGCCGCCAUGCGCCACCUCCUCCGCCGGAGCCUCAGCUCACCAAGGGCUCUCCGGUCCACACCCGCCAGUCCCCGCGGGGAGGAGGACAACGACGGCGGUCGCCGCCGCCGCUCGCUCGCCCGCUCCGAGAGCUGCUUUGCGUCUCUGCCUGCCCCGUGAACGGCGUUGGGCGAAGCCCGCACCGCCAAAAGCCACGGGCAAACUCCAAGCGACCCGACCCAAACACCAUUUUAGGAAAAGAAGCUCUCUAUCUCCCUCUUUUGCACACUAGUUAGGGUCUCAAUUCUCCAGAGAAUUUGAAUAAUUAUGCUAUAAUAUUAAUCUUUUUGUUUUAUUUAGGCCUUUUUGAUUUCAAUCGAAUCGAUGGUAUGUAGAAAGAAAGAAAAUGGAAGUUAAUUUUCCAUUUCCAGAACCUUAUUAUUCUCCAAUAAUAAAUUCCUUUCAAGUAUUGC